GGGGGGCCGGGGAGCGAGCGGGAGAGCGAGCGAGCGAGCGAGCGAGCGAGCAAGGAGCGAGCCACGGAGAGAGCCGGGGAGCGAGGGAGCCAGCCUGCGAGCGCGAGCGGCCGCGGAGGCUCGGGACCCGGCUGGCCGCGCGGCGCCGCAGCCGCCCCCUCCCCCACACCCCCUCCCCCCCGCCGCGGCGGCGCGAGCGGGCGGCGGCUGUGCGGUGCGGUGCAGAGCGGAGGCGGAGGCGGGCGCGCGGGCAGCUCGCGGGCACCCGGCCGGGCCGGCGCGGGAGCGGGAAAGGGUGCGCUAUGCCUUUAACGCCCGCGUACAGUAGGCAUGUAUAGUGGAGUGUAGGGAAACUCUAGGCGGGGUUAAAGUUCAGCUCAUGGAGCGGCAAUAGCGCUGGCUGGCUGCAGUUGAGCCGACUUGGAAAUGUGAACGCAAGAAGCAGGCUUGAUUUUUUUUUCUCCCCCCUUCUCUCUCUCUCUCUCUCUUCCUCUCUCCCUCUUUCUCCUCUCUCACCCACACUCACGCACACCUCCAAACCGCACACCCAGACGCACACGCAUACCCCAGCGCCCGGCAGUUAUGUAUUCUCCGCUCUGUCUCACCCAGGAUGAAUUUCAUCCUUUCAUCGAAGCACUUCUGCCCCACGUCCGAGCCUUUGCCUACACAUGGUUCAACCUGCAGGCCCGAAAACGAAAAUACUUCAAAAAGCAUGAAAAGCGUAUGUCAAAAGAAGAAGAGAGAGCCGUGAAGGAUGAAUUGCUAAGUGAAAAACCAGAGGUCAAGCAGAAGUGGGCAUCUCGACUUCUGGCAAAGUUGCGGAAAGAUAUCCGACCCGAAUAUCGAGAGGAUUUUGUUCUUACAGUUACAGGGAAAAAACCUCCAUGUUGUGUUCUUUCCAACCCAGACCAGAAAGGCAAGAUGCGAAGAAUUGACUGCCUCCGCCAGGCAGAUAAAGUCUGGAGGUUGGACCUUGUUAUGGUGAUUUUGUUUAAAGGUAUUCCGCUGGAAAGUACUGAUGGCGAGCGCCUUGUAAAGUCCCCACAAUGCUCUAAUCCAGGGCUCUGUGUCCAACCCCAUCACAUAGGGGUUUCUGUUAAGGAACUCGAUUUAUAUUUGGCAUACUUUGUGCAUGCAGCAGAUUCAAGUCAAUCUGAAAGUCCCAGCCAGCCAAGUGACGCUGACAUUAAGGACCAGCCAGAAAAUGGACAUUUGGGCUUCCAGGACAGUUUUGUCACAUCAGGUGUUUUUAGUGUCACUGAGCUAGUAAGAGUGUCACAGACACCAAUAGCUGCAGGAACUGGCCCAAAUUUUUCUCUCUCAGAUUUGGAAAGUUCUUCAUACUACAGCAUGAGUCCAGGAGCAAUGAGGAGGUCUUUACCCAGCACAUCCUCUACGAGCUCCACAAAGCGCCUCAAGUCUGUGGAGGAUGAAAUGGACAGUCCUGGUGAGGAGCCAUUUUAUACAGGCCAAGGGCGCUCCCCAGGAAGUGGCAGUCAGUCAAGUGGAUGGCAUGAAGUGGAGCCAGGAAUGCCAUCUCCAACCACACUGAAGAAGUCGGAGAAGUCUGGUUUCAGCAGCCCCUCCCCUUCACAGACCUCCUCCCUGGGAACGGCGUUCACACAGCAUCACCGACCUGUCAUUACAGGACCCAGAGAAUUCAAGAUGGCUCCCAGCAUCCUCGGCUCUCCUUUCUGGAAAGUCUACUCAGCAAGUCCUCAUGCAACACCAUCGACUCUUCAUUUCCCGACAUCACCCAUUAUCCAGCAGCCUGGGCCUUACUUCUCACACCCAGCCAUCCGCUAUCACCCUCAGGAGACGCUGAAAGAAUUUGUCCAACUUGUCUGCCCUGAUGCUGGUCAGCAGGCUGGACAGGUGGGGUUCCUCAAUCCCAAUGGGAGCAGCCAAGGCAAGGUGCACAACCCAUUCCUUCCCACCCCAAUGUUGCCACCACCACCGCCACCACCGAUGGCCAGGCCUGUGCCUCUGCCGGUGCCAGACACAAAGCCUCCGACCACGUCAACAGAAGGAGGUGCAGCCUCCCCCACGUCACCAACCUACUCGACACCCAGCACCUCCCCCGCAAACCGAUUCGUCAGUGUUGGACCACGGGAUCCAAGCUUUGUAAAUAUCCCUCAACAGACACAGUCCUGGUACCUGGGAUAAAAGUUGCAGCGUCCCACCAUCCACCAGACAGACCACCUGACCCCUUCUCAACUCUGUAACACGGACGCAACCUCAACCCAGCGCAGUUACAACUUCACUGUCAGUGGAAGGGGAGAAAAACCGAUUCAAAUCAACUUGUACAUGGAAACAGCAAGCAUUAUGGUCAAACAGCAAAGGCCAUAACCUUUUGGGAUUUUUUUAAAAAAAAAAUACUUUAGGGACUGUUGUAAUUUCUCAUAUGGUGCUGGAAAUGGUUGGGCUUUGUAACAUUUGAAGUGUUUCCAUGGUAGCGUGAGCAUUAGGUGACGUGGCUAGCGGAGGACUACCCUUGCUCACUGACUUCCUGUUGUAACACACUUUCCUUACGGAGCCUGGCUGUUUCACAGUAUUUCAUGAAUUUACCCACACAGGUGUGAUCCUCCUUGAGCAUUGAGGAGGCACAUGGAGAACUAAAUCUUUUGUAGUAGCUGAGAUCUGCAAUAUAUAACUUACGGGACAGUCAAAGGGCAAUGUUUUUCUGUAACAUAUUGGAAAAAGAAAAUGCAGUUAUAUUCCUUUUUUAUUUGUUCCUUUAGUUUGUUUUGGUUCAGCAGUCAGCAGUUAAGUAUAUAACAUGGCCCGCAAGGACAAUGAAUCCACUCACAUUGCAGAACAAUUCCGAAAAUGGCAAACUACUACUACUGUUCAGUUUUUUAAAAGUUUUGAAAUGCUGCACUUACAUUAAAAAAAACAACAACAACAUUUUUUCAACAAUUUCAACAAUGACACAAAAAUUCACAUGGAAAUGGGGAAGAUGGUCUGUUUUGACAGAAACUGACAGGAAUCAAUCAAAACAAUCGAAUUUUGAAUUGAGUAAAGUGCAAUUUCAUUGGAUAGCUAAAUAUCUUUGUAAGAUAGAGAUUGUUGAAAAUUCUAUUUUUGUUUUUCAAGUCCUUUCACCCCAGGACUCUAAAUUAUUGGGGUAAAAAACAGCCUUGCAAGAAAAAGGGGAGCUAUUUUUGCUUUUUAUGUUUUUUAUUGUUAAACUUGUAUCCCUUUAAAAACUGAAGGAAAUUAAAAAAAAAAAAACAAAAAAACAAAUCUAAUGGUGCUUUUACCACAAUAUGUUAACUACAUUAAAUGCUAAUUAAUUAUUUUCUGUUAUCAAAGCACAUGACUAAAAUGAAAUCAUGGUAUCUGUUAAUUUUAUAAGCUAGAAGUCACUAUAAUGGAUUAUGCCAAUUCUAAAAAAUUUUACACCUAUCUGGCAUCAUAGGAUUUAUCAGUUAUCACACACCUCAUUGUACCAGAGAUUGUCCAGAAGUUUUAAAGACCUUUGCAUCCCUGAACUGGGCUAUGGGAAAUAAUAAUAGUAAUAAUAAUAAUAAUAAUGAUAAUGAAACCAAUACUGACACAAAUGCUGGUGCCCAUUCAGAUCAAGGGUACUUGUUAGGGAAAAAAAAAAGUUUGCACCCCCAAAUGUCCUGUAUCUUAUGAAAAAAAAAACAAAAACAAAAACAAAAAAAACAAAAAAACCACAGAAACAAAAACAAAAAAAAGUGCAAGUGAUUUUUCUACCAGACAGCGAAGCACCCCUUUGCUUCCCAUGCGACUUCAAGAAGGUUUCCUAUACUAUACAUAUAUAUACGUUCUGGUUGGCAAGCCCUGCUGAUCAGAGAAAGUCUCUGCAUGUUCUAGUGUUAGUAACUAAUUUUUAUAUAGUUAAUGUAGGAUAAAGUAGAGUGCAUUAAGACACAAUAUUGUAAUCCCUACUCUAGGCACUUGCCUUUAAACUAUGUUUUUCAGCCCUUCAGAAGGGUUCUACUACUGUCCUAUACAAUCAAGUAACUGAAAUUCUUGGGAAGACACUUUGCUCCUCAUCUUUCCCCCCGAAACAAUGUUGUUUUGUUUUGUUUUUUUUCCUUAAUUUGCACGAAAACAAAAAUUCCAUAUCAAUGUGCCUUGCCCUGGAUAGCGAUUAUUUGUGGAAUUGUUGCACAUGCUCCUCUAUUGAAAGGGGUUUUUCCCUAGUCAAGCAUUUGGAGACACUUUUUGUAAAUGUGACUUUUAUGUCAGCCAUCGUCAGUUUCAACAUCUAGAACUAAAUAGAAAGCUAGUUGUUCCGCAGAUAGGAGUAGUCUUUAUUGUCCUGUACGGUCGGUGGCAGUGCUAUUCUGAGAUCUGUAGAUGCUUAGAAUAUCAGUAUUUUGGAUGUUGCUGCAUUUUACAAUUUAUUUGGAGUCUUCCUUUAUUUUCCCCCAGAUAUAUGAAAAUAUGCAAUACCUGCUUAUAUCAUGUAGAAAAGCUUAGCAAUUAUUAAUUUUUCUUUUAUUUUUUUUUAUUUGACCAAAGUCGGUGCUGCACUUGACGCAGUGUGUUUUAGGUGUUUGUCUUUGUACUUUUUUGUGAUUUUUGAAUGCACGUGCGCAGGAAGGGCUCCUCUUAGAGAAGCAGUCAAACUGUGAAGCACUAAGCUGACCCUGCUUCAAGCAAUUUUGUUUUUACAACUGUUCCUUUCACAAGCAAGCCUUAAAAAAAAAAAAGACAACUUCCUUUUUCUUCAGCUCCCACACCCCAUUUUUCUUAGCAGACUGCAGUCAAUCCACAUUCAAGAAAAAGUAUAUAAUGCCCAUUUUUAUAUGCACGUUUUUAAACUUCCAAGUUCUGAAAAUUGUUUACUGGUUAUCUCUAUUUAAGGAAAAAAAAAUAAAAUAAAACAUUUUGGAUUUUCAUAUGUGUCUGAUAAGUGGUUGAAUAGUCGUUUGGCGCUGUUGUAUGGUGUGAUUGUCAGUGUAUGGUGUCACUUCCUAUAGCCAGCCAGCAUACUUUGCCUUCCCCUAUAGCACUUAGCUGGGCAUUACUUUAUUAUGACAUAUGUGCACUAAAAAAUAAAAAAAAGGAAAAAAAGAAAAAAAAAAAGAAAAAAUAGCAGCUUUCAGUGCUUCACAGUGAAGGGAAAAAAGCCUAGACAAACAUUUUGUCAGAACCUUGCAAUAAGCCAAGGUAUUACCAGUAAAUUGGUUGUAUAUACAAUAAAAUUGCACCCUUUUUUAAACAAAACAAACUAAGCAAUAGUUUGGGCAGUUUUAGUUGUUUUUAGUGAGCAUGUUGUAGUCAUGACUGCAAAGAGAGAGAAUAAACUGCCCACUCAGAAGAUAUGUAAUUUGUAUUGUUGUAUAGUUUUAUUGAUUACACUGAUUUAUUCUACCCUAUUUUAUAAUGCAGGACUUUUGUAAUGUUGUUUAAAUGAGGAAAAAUUUCUGUCAAAUUAGCCUAGUAAAAUUUCUGAUUGUUCAUUAUAAAGGCAGCGUUCAUAGAAUUGCUUUUCUUUCUUUUUACCCCCCCUUUGGGAACUGGAUUUAAGUUUAAAACUUUCCUGUUUCCUUUUUUUUUUUUUUUUUGUAAGUAUUUAAAUACAGUUAUUUUUUUUCUCUCAAUGGUAUAGCAUAUUCCUAUGCUUGAGAAGUAUAGGUCUACUGAAAAACCAUUGUAAAUGGACGUUACAGGUAUGCUGUAUUUUUGAAGGUAUUUUGUUGUAUUAAGUUUGAUGAAGCUAAAAUUAGGGAACUCUGAACAGAUUUCCAGGAAAAAAAUGUUUUAAAGGCUUUAAAACAUUAGGGAGGCAGUCUAGGGUGAUAACGAACAGGGGUUAAGUAUUAAAUACACUAAGUUACAUUUUUGUUCAUGUUUCAUUGUCCAGAAAGCAGCAGGAAACUAGUUCAGUUGUGAUCAAGCAGGAAAAAAGAAACACCAACAGUUUCCAGUGUUUUUGCUUUUUAGCUUAAAAGCAUAGUGAAGAUGCUUGAGGAAGACUUUGCUACCUGGGGUGUGUAGACAGACAGACUGAGAGCUAUCAGCAUUUGAAGGCCCGGCCCUUGACUCUGAGACACAUUUGAAUUUUUUCUUUCCCAUCAAAUGGCAUUAACAAGAUUGGGCAAAGAUGAGUCCCUCAAAUUUCUGUGUUUGUUUUUUUUUUCUUUGGGAACUGAAGUCAGAGGCACGAACACUAAAUCUUAGCAUUUUUCUGUAGACUUUUUCUUCUGGCCCUUGUCCCUGCCGGCAAAACAACCCUUUUCUGAUCAUUCACGGGCAGAGGCCGUCCCAGAAAUGCCACGCUCUCCAUCCUAGAGAGCCUUCUCUUUCCUCUGAGGUUUGAACUGAUGUUCUGUUUCUUCACACCCUGGCAUGACAGUUACGUAUGGUCAGCCCCCUCCCCAGGCCUGUCCCUGCCACCGCCAGGUGUGGGCUCUAGGCAGGCCGACAGGGUUACACCUCCCAGAGCUUGUGAUCUUCAUUUUCUGACAGUCAAAGUGUGAAGGAACCCAGACUUCCCCCAGCCACGGUGUUCAGUCAGCCCCCAGGAAUAUGCAAGACCCAUCUCCAAAAGUUUGUCUUUCAUUUUUUCCAAGCCCUUAGACCCAUAAGCUUUGAAUCCUGUAGUUACAGUGGCAUAAAGGAUUGACAAAACCUCGAUAAAGAAAAACCUUUUUUUUCCUGUGAAUUUUUUUUGUUUUUUAGGGGAAAGGGAUUCUAAGAAUGUCAUUUAAUGUACUUUGCAUCAUGUCUCUGGAAAUAUCUUUGUCCAUAGUGGUGGUGGUGUCUCUCUCUCUUUUUGUUCGCUUCUGUUUUCUUUCUUGUCUUCAUUCUUUCUUUUCUUUUUUAUUUUUGGUAGCAGGCCUCCAUAGAACAAAUCUGAAACACAACCACCAUAGUAAUGUAAGGAGAGCUUCAGUGGCACCUCACAACCCACCCUCCGAGAUCUGUCCAAAGACAGUCUCAGAAAGCUGCACUGCCCACCGGCUCGGCUUUCAUUCAAAUAGGCUUCCAAGGCCAAUUCUGUCUUGAGUCAAUGCAUGUAUUUACUGUUUGACAGUAAACCCGCUCUGCCUUCUCCACGUCCAAGGCUGUGCAUUCGUCUAAUUAGCGUCGUGUAUGUUUUCCUUUUAUUUUUUCCAAUAAAAAAGCAGUGGGAUGAAAAUUGCUUUGAUAUAUAGCAGGUAACAUUGAAGCUAUUCCAUAGCACUUAACUGUAGUGAAUACUGUGUCACCAAUUUUGAAAUCAAUUUAAUGUUUAAUGCAAAUCCAUUACAUGGUGCUAUUAUAGGCUGACAAAAUGAUUUACACAAAUGUGACAACUUGGGCUCAAUUCACUCUGCUUUCCAACAGUGUAAAUGCAUAGCAGUGUUUAUCUGCAUGAGAACUAUGCACUAAUCUAUCUGAAGAAAAAAACUAUAUCAACUUUGGUAUCUACUUUCCGUUUACUUCAAUCCUUGCCUUUUUGGUCAUUGUUAUAAUGCCAGCUUUAGGACAGAAAGAAUUAUAAGAAAACCAGCAUAAUACCUGAUAUAUUAAAAUGUAGUGCCUGUGAAAUCUGUAUUAUAUUGCUCUUCUGAAGUAAGAUUUUUCUACACCGGUAGCCUUCGCUGUCUGUCAGUCAGGACCUUCUGGUAUAGGUGAUGUAAAAUAACCGUACAAUAUUAAUGCAUGCUAUUCCAUAAUGCUUAGUGAACUGUAUGAAUAUUACUCAAAGUUAUGUUAGUCUUUUUUUCCGACUUGGUUCUUGUCAGCUAGGUUUAAAGGUAUUUCACUGAGAACGCAAAUUCUGUCUUUUCUUGAUUUCGGCUGUUUUCAGUAUUUUGGAGGUAUACAUUUACUUAAAUUCAGUAUUACUCGUGUUUUGUUUUUGUUUUUGUUUUUUUUUUUUUUGUUUUCUUUUUCCUAGGGGACAAGCAUGGGUGUUUGAUUUCAGAAAUCAGUACCUGGCGAGAUUUUUGUCUCAAAACGACUAUUUGAAUUUCAAGAACUGUGCUGCGAAGACACUCUGAGAACAUUUGCAAGUCAGGGGCAUUUUUCUUGACCCUCGACUGACGCUGUGCGGAGACUGAUACAUUUUCUUAAUGGACAAUGUUCAAGCCAGGUACCCAUGCUUGAUCCGUCUUCACACCAGACCUCCUCAUAUUAAAAGGAAAAAUAAGAAAAAAAAUGUAAGAAAUCACAUGGCUAUUUAGUUUCAUGCACAGUUGCAAUAUUUUCUUCAAAAAUAAAACUCUGUACAAACUUUGGGCCCGAUUCAUAAGAAGAAGAAGUUUGCUAUUAACACGGGAUUUUUUUUAAUAUACUUUUUUUGGUCUAAAUUUGAAAUUACUUGUUUCCCAAAUUAAAUAAAUUUCAUCUCAUUUUUUUUCCCUAAACCAGCACCCAUCUGCCUUUUAUUCCCCAAAGAGUUACCUUUCCCAGAUUAGGGGGAUGGUAUGUGGGGAGCAGAUAGCAGAAAUGCUUAGGAAGAUAAGGGGGACCACCCACAGCUGGGCAUGAGAACAGGGAGACAGUGUGUGGGGGUGGGACCUCAUCUGUGUGCCUGGUAUCCUGAGUUUUACAUGUAGACGCAUUCGCCUAUUUGAUUCAGAAAAAUAAACUUUCCCAAAAUAUGUCUGAACCACAAGAGCAUACAGUGGAAGUGCUACCUCUAAUCUAACUAGAGCACCUUCAUGGUGGAAGACACCCACCAGGUCAUACAAUGUGAACUUUUGUAUCUCUGCAGUGGUUUCAAGGACAAAUAGUGUCCAAUGUAUUGGGCCAUUUUUCCUGCUGUUUUUAUACUCAACUUCUCAAAAUGAAAAAAGCUUUUAUUUUUCCUUUGACUUAUUUGAGUUGUUCUUAUUUUUAAAAUUUUUAUUUUUUGGUAAUAGUCUGUAAAUUAGCCUUUUUUUUUUUUUUUCUUUUGACAUUGCAACCGAAGGUCAUAAGGCCGCUAGCUCCGCUGGGACGGAGGCUUGAGAGAACUGCCGGCUCGGUGCCUUCUCCCUGGUCUCAGACCAUCGUCUCUGCACUGCGAAGGCAUUUGGUAGCCUCACCACUGAGAUACUAACUAGACCUAGACUAGGAGCUUUAUCAGGUUCUAGGAGGUCCUUUAGGAAGACUCUCAAAGGCAAAUCCCUGAUCCCCCGCCCCACCCUUAGCCCUGCCCUCUCACCAGAGCAAAAUUCACUGGGGACUUUUCCCACCACACAUGGAAAUCUGUCCACUCGGAAUACCUCUGUUUUCCAUUUCAAAUUGUAGGGGGAGGGGAUGGAACACUUCCAGUGAUGGUAAGAGAUCUGUUAUGAAACGAAACACCCCCCGUGUUAAUAACUUGGUCUGAAAUCUGUUUUUAUGAGCCGGGCCCCCUGUGCCUCUAGUAUACUUGUAUUGACUCUCAUAGUUACCCUUUUAGUUUUACUGUGUUCUGUGAAAAUUUGUAAUUGGUUGAGAAUCACUGUGGGCGUCCAUUCUUAUUCAACUAAAUCUCCACAGGUUUUUUGAGCUGGUGUGGAUUAGUUUAACUCUUGUAUUCAACCAUUAGUGCUACCACCUUCUCACAUUACAAUACAAUUACUGGAAGCAAGUACUGCAUUUCCUAUGCAACAAAAAAGGAAAAAUAAAAAAUUGCUAAUGCUA